CUUAUUUAAUCUUUUCAAUAAUAUUGAGAAGUAGAUGCCAUUACCUGGAGGACAUUGGGUGGAGCCACAGGUCAACAACAAGCAUGUCUUCACGCCAGGAUGCAAAUCCAGUUAACUUGGAUUUCAAAAUUUUUGCUUUAGUGUAGUGAUAAAGAUUAUCACUGGCUUCAAAUCCUGGCACUACCACCUGCUAUGGGUGAUUGGAUAAGUCACCUUAACUUUCAAUGCUUUGGUUUCCUUCUUUAUAAAAUGGGAAAAAUGACAACUCCUGUCUUGUAGGAUUGUUAUAAGACUUGAAAGAAACAAAACUUGACAUCUGAACAAUUUCUGCAGCACCACAGUACUUCUGAAACCAUAGUUGUGGUGUCAUUCUAAAAUUCUCCCUCCACUCACUGAAUGUGGCCUAGUCUCAUAGAGACCUUGCCUUCAUAGCUGCAAUACCUUAGUUUAGACCAGGGGUUGGCAAACCAGGGCCCACAGGCCAAACCCAGACUUCACCUAUUUUCGUAAAUGAAAUUUUAUUGGAGGGCACACACACCCAUUUGUUUACAUAUAAUAGAUGGCUGCUUUCAUUCUAAAAUGACAGAGGUGAGUAGUGGCAACAGAGACCAUUAUUGUUGGCAAAUCAUAAUAUAUUUACUAUUUUGCCCCCUACAGAAAGUUUUCCAAAUCCUGGUGCCUAGGAUAUUCCAAUAGUCUUCUUCCCAGUUCUCCUGGUUACAUUUGUCCCUGAACCUAUCCUCCCCAUCCCUUAAAUUUCCCCAAAAUGCGAACUCAGUCACACCAAUUUGCUCCUUAUGUUUCAUUGGCUCUUGCUGCUAAGAGUGCCAGCUUGCGCCUUCCGCCCAUCCCCAGACAAGCUUGUUCUUUGACCAUAAUGAGCUUUUCAUGCCAUUUCCAACUUUUGCGCAUGCUGUUCUUCUUGUCUGAAUCUCCACCCUUUUCCCUGUCCUCAAUAAUAAGUUCAAGCUUUUCUCCCUCUGAGAAGUCCUUUCUGACUUCCAUAGGCUGAACCACUGGCUUCUGCUCCUCUACAUAACACAUCAAUUCUAGCAUUGAUCUCACUGUAACAUGAUUGUGCGUUUGGCUGUCUGUCCUUGCCACUACUGUGUGUUCCUCUUGAGGGCAGGAACAUUUGUUUUUCCCUUUUAGAAAAUCUCUGGUGCCCAGUCUGGCAUUAGUAAGUGCCCAUUAGGUUGCUAUUGUUUGUCAGCAUUUGAGCUUGGGUUUAAAGGUUUCUAUAAGGUGUAGUGGAGUAUAGAAAACAAGCAGGUCAGAAGAGGCUUCCUGGAGGAGGUGACAGCUGAGCUAAGUCCCGGAGGAUAAAAUAAGAUAAUAGGAGAAAUAAGGCAGUAGGAACAGCAUGGGUAAAGGUGAUGAGACCUGAAAGUGGCAUGUGGAAGGAAAGAGAAAUGCAGGAAGAGGGGGCAUGGGAGGGAAUGCUGGGGGACAGGCCAAAGAGGGAGGAAUUUGGUGAGUAUUCUUCAGAGACUCCUUUGCUGUGCUGAGGUGUGGACAAUGGGAAAGCAUGGACGGGCUGGAGUUAGGCAAGUGCCAUAUUCCCUUCUGCAACUGUCUGUUUGCAUGUCAGCCUUCUAGAAACUCCUUAAGGCAUCAACUAUGUUUUUGUCUUGUCAUCAAUCAAUCCUAAGUGUACACAAUUCCUGGCAUAUGAUAGGCUCUCCAUAAAUGUUUCUUUCUUUAUUAAAAUGCAUGAAAACUCUCCAGAUUUAAGGAUGGUCCUCAAUGUUUCAAAUUCUUUUUGUUAGAUCAUUGAUCCUGUCUACAGCUGUCGCAAAUUUAAGAACUCUGGUUGUAGUUAACCUUCAAUUUUGAAUUUUCUGCUUGAAAAAUUUCUAUGAGGAAAAAAAGCCUAUCCUCUUAUGGAAGGCUCUAAUCUCUUAAUCAUUUUGGUAGACUUUUCUUUGGAUCUUCUUCAACGUUUUGUCUCUGUUAAGGCUUUUAAGAAUAUCUGAAUUCUUUCCUUCUGCAAAACCAGAGGAACAUUUUUUUUCUGCCUAUUUUCAGUUUAUUCCUUGUGAUUUUGGUAUUUUCUCUUAACCAAAUACUAAAUGGAGUUAGGAGAAAUAAACUUAUUUGUAAAGCAUGUCAAGGGACCAUUAGAAGGAUGGUGCCUCACAGAUAGAAUACAGUUUUUAUUAAUGAUGCCUACAUAUAAAUCCUGCCAUUAGCUCAAGGGCUCAGAAAGCUAGCAGCCUAGCAGUUCAGGAUAUGUCAAUGAAAUGAAUUGGGUGGUUAAGGAUGCCCAGAAGAUUGAAUAAAAUUGGGAUUUAGGAGGACCCUUGUACUCCAGGAAAUUCUCCAAGUCUCCUCUUAGUUAUCCAGACCCUCAGAGUGAACAUGAAGCUCCAGUUUCAAAUUGAGUACAUUUUCCAUCCAUGGAUUGACUUGUUUUGCUCAGUUGAGUGCUUGAAGUUGUCUUGUCGACGUAACAGCUAACCUACGGCUUCCUUUCUCGUAAAACCAAAACAAAAAGGCUUUCUAUUCAAGUGCCUUCUGUGUGUGCACAUGUGUAAUACAUACCCGGGAUCAAAGCUGUCUAUAUAAAGUCCUUGAUUCUGUGUGGGUUCAAACAGAUUUCAAAGCUUCAGGAUCCUGAAAGGUUUCGCUCUACUUCCUCAAGACCUGAACACCGCUCCCAUAAAGCCAUGGCUUGCCUUGGAUUUCAGAGGCACAAGGCUCAGCUGGAUCUGGCUCCCAGGACCUGGCCCUGCAAGCUCCUGUUUUCUCUUCUCUUCAUCCCUGUCUUCUCCAACGCAAUGCACGUGGCCCAGCCUGCUGUGGUGCUAGCCAGCAGCCGAGGCAUCGCCAGCUUUGUGUGUGAGUAUGCGUCUCCAGGCAAAGCCACUGAGAUCCGGGUGACAGUGCUUCGGCAGACUGACAGCCAGGUGACUGAAGUCUGUGCAGGAACAUACAUAAUGGGGAAUGAGUUGACCUUCCUGGAUGAUUCCAUCUGCACGGGCACCUUCAGUGGAAAUAAAGUGAACCUCACCAUCCAAGGACUGAGGGCCAUGGACAUGGGGCUCUACAUCUGCAAGGUGGAGCUCAUGUACCCGCCGCCAUACUACAUGAGCGUAGGCAACGGAACCCAGAUUUAUGUAAUUGCUAAAGAAAAGAAGCCCUCUUACAACAGGGGUCUAUGUGAAAAUGCCCCCAACAGAGCCAGAAUGUGA